UUUCCCAAUAACAUUACAGCACCUCGCCGGCCCGAAAACCCAUAGUCACUAAACCUGUUCUCCCCAUCGGACUCUGUUUUCAAGAAUAAAAAAUUCCAAAAAUUCUGAGUUUCAAUUGAAGUUUUCAAGCUGAAUCAAUCGGAAAAAUCGAAAAAGUUUCAAUCUUUUUUGUGUUUUUCAUCUAUGUAAACAGCAGAAAGGAUUUUCUAAACUUGUUGACUUGUUUGAAUUUUGAUCAUUCUGAAAAAAAUGACUCAAUUGAAGCCCAUUCUUACGCAUUUGGAUGCCAUUCCUUCCACCCCAGGAAAGUUUAAGCCUGAUAAAUCUUCACCCUAUAAUCUUUAUCGUCUCCGUUUUCACCCUACUCUGUUUCCCAGGUUUACUCUUUGGUCCUUUUUUUUCAUCUUUUUCAUCGUUUUGCUCAUCUUUUUCUCGUCUCCGACCAACCCCACCGCCGGAAACAGCCGUCGGAGUCUGAAGAACUCUCUUUCGCCAUCUCCCGCGCUCGGCCCGAAUUGGGAGCGUCGGGUUCGGGCCUCAGCCCGACCAAGGUCUAAAAUGGGCUUUACCGUUCUAGUCACUGGUGCUGCCGGUUUUGUGGGGACCCAUGUGUCUCUAGGCCUGAAACGCCGUGGAGACGGCGUUUUGGGGCUGGAUAAUUUUAAUCAGUAUUAUGAUGUCGGGCUGAAAAAAGCCCGACAGGGCCUUCUUGAACGUUCAGGGAUUAUGGUAGUUGAGGGUGAUAUUAAUGAUGCUGUUUUGCUGAGGAAGCUGUUUGAUGCUGUUGCUUUUACACAUGUCAUGCAUAUGGCAGCUCAAGCUGGAGUUAGAUAUGCAAUGCAGAAUCCAGGUUCUUAUGUUCAUAGUAAUAUUGCUGGUUUUGUUAGUUUGCUUGAAGCAUGUAAAAUGGCUAAUCCACAACCUAGUAUUGUUUGGGCUUCGUCAAGUUCUGUU